CCCUAUUGACGUCAUCACCGCUGCGCCCUGAGGACAGACUGCCCUUUUCUCACCACUUCCUCGAAUCUAAACACCAUUCCGGCAGCCAUCGCACUCAGCUGUGGGUGGUAGUAACAGUAGGACCGAGCGAAGCGACAAGCCACGGACCCGUCCCCAAGACGUGAAGAAACAAAGAUAUCAUCUCCUCCCAAGUUUGUCCACCCAGCAAGUUUCCUCGCCCGGCGAUGUGCGAUCCACGCGAGAACGGGGGCCUUGAGACGGACGGCUGCGUCGAUUACUCGCAGAUAAAGAAUCGCAUGGAGUCGUUCCUGGGCUCCACCCUGGCUCAGCAGGUGCCACCCGAGCGUCUGGCCCGGGCCGGCUUCUACUUCACCGGCAGCGAGGACCGAGUCCAGUGUUUCAGCUGCAGGCAGGUUGUGGAUAACUGGCAUAACGGAGACACGCCUGUGCAAAGGCACAAGGAGGUUUCUCCAACGUGCAAGUUCCUGACGUGCUGCCACCGAAACGGCUCGAACCCGAGCUACGGCUCCAUCUACGACGAAGUCGCGGAAGACACGCAGUACCGUUUGUCCACCGGCGAGGUGGUUGACCAGACCACCUACCCUAAGAUCCCUCACAUGAAGAGCGAACAAGCCCGCCUUCUCACCUUCUCUGCGUGGCCCUCCGACGCGCCCGUACGACCCAGAAGCCUGGCCCAGGCCGGCUUCUACCACCUGGGACAGAGCGACCUGGUGCAGUGUUUCUGCUGCGGCGGCAAGCUGAGCCGGUGGGACGACGGAGACGACCCCUGGGAUGAGCACGCCGCCCACUGCCCCAGCUGCUUCUUCGUCCUCGGCCACGACGUGGGCAACGUGCCGCUCCUGGACAGCGAGGACGAGCCGAUGGAGGAGGACAGCAGCAGUCGAAGCACGAGCGGGGCUGGGAAUACGGAGACGUUUGAGGGGAGGCUGAGAAGCUUCGCUGCUGUUCAGCACCCCGUCAGCCACGAGAGGCUGGCGAGAGCCGGUUUAUACAGCACAGGGAACGGAGACGAGGUGUUAUGUUUCCGUUGUGGCGGAGGUUUAAAAGGCUGGGGGCCCCAGGAAGACCCCUGGGAAGAACAUGCUAAACACUACCCAGGAUGCAGCUUCCUGCUGGAAGAAAAGGGAUCAGAAUUUAUCAACAGUAUCCAGCUGCGAAGACCCCAGCACAUUAGUGAUGAUUCAAGCUCUCAGACUGAAAAUUCAGCCUGUGAAAAAGAUGAGGACCCAAUGGAGAAACUGAGGAAGUUGCAGAGGGAGAAACAGUGCAAAAUCUGCAUGGACCGAGACAUCGGCGUCGUCUUCCUGCCGUGUGCUCAUCUGGCAACUUGCCAGCAGUGCUCGGUGGCCCUCCACAAGUGCCCGAUCUGCUGUGAAGUCAUAGCACAAAAAAUCAAAACCUAUAUUGCUUAAAGUAAAAGAAAAAAAAAAAACUCCUUUGUUUAACAUGGAUGCUGCAUCUUUUAAAUACCCCCCCCCCCCCC